AUGGACGAAUUAGCCGACGAUAUUAGAAGGAUUGACUUCCAUCAUCCAUAUACCCCCUACGAUGUGCAAGAUCAAUUCAUGUCGACAGUCCAUAAUGUGCUUCAGAAGGGAGAGGGACAGGUCGGCAUUCUGGAAAGCCCUACUGGCACCGGAAAAUCUCUUUCCUUGAUUUGUGCGGCUUUGACAUGGCUGCGUGAUCACAAGCGAGACAGUCAUGAGGGCUCCGUUGCAGAUGCAGCCAAGGCCUUCAAAGAUGAGCCAGAUUGGAUCGUGGAGCAGAUGCUCAAGAGGAAGCGGGAAGAGCUUGUCAAGCAAUGGGAAAACAGAGAAGCACGACUGAAAGACAUAAGAGACAAGGAGAGGCUACUGGAGGGAAGGGGAAGCAAGAGAAGAAGAAUUGAAACCCGCGGCGAUGGAAAAGCGGGCAACGUCUCCGAGGACAACGACGACGACGACGACGACCAGUGGUUACUGGGAUUGGCAGACGACGAGGACACACUUGGCCAGGAUGCCUCUUCCAGUCUGAGCAGGGAGUCGAAGGAACUGAUGAAGAAACUUGGGCUGGGACCCCUUCGAAAAGAAGAGGAAGAUGAGGUGGGGGAUGUUGGAGGGAACGAAGUCAAGAUAUACUACACCUCAAGAACACAUUCUCAAUUGACACAAUUCAUCGCAGAGCUGCGCCGACCCGUGUUUCCGCCUUCUAUCCCCACUGCACUGCUUGAUGAGGACUCGACCACAGCAAAGGAGGGCGUCAAGCACCUGCCGUUGUCUUCUCGGCAGCGGCUGUGUAUUAAUCCAUCCGUGUCGCGUCUAGGGUCCCUGUCAGCCAUCAACGACCGCUGCGCCGAGCUCCAACAAGCGAAGUCGAAAGAUAAUUGCCAGUUCGUACCGAAUGCGGACAACCUCCAUCUGACCCACCAAUUCCGGGACAACGCACUCGCUACUCUGCCUGACAUUGAAGACCUCUUUGGGCUUGGCAAGAAGCUUCAGAUAUGCCCGUACUACGCCUCGAGAACAGCAAUACCAGGGGCAGAGAUCAUCACUCUUCCGUAUCCUCUCCUCCUACAGAAGACUGCCAGAGACGCACUAGGUAUCAAGCUCGAAGGCAAUGUGGUCAUCAUCGACGAGGCCCAUAAUAUCAUGGAUGCUGUUGCGAACGUGUAUGCGUCCGGGAUCAGUCUGAGCGAACUAAGGCGCGCGAGACAGAUGCUUGGCGUUUACGUGAAGAAGUUCGGCAAGAAACUCAAAGGAGAGAACCGAGUCAGGGUGGCCCAAGUCGCCCGGGUCGUGGAUGGCCUGAGCGGAUGGUUGGAUAAUGCCCUGAACCUCAAAGCAGAUCAGGGCAUCGUCGAUCCCAAUGCCUUACUUAAAUCCAAGGGCAUCGACCAGAUCAACAUGUACAAGCUCAUCCAGUAUGUCCAGGGCUCCAAGCUAGCCUACAAGAUUGAGGGCUACGUGGCACAAGCCGAGGCGCAAGGCGAUCCUCACUCGUCACAUACUGCCUCCUUGUCAACGCCCGUUCUCCACACCCUGAUCUCCUUCCUCGUGUCCCUGAAUAAUCUUAGCUCCGAAGGCCGCAUCUUCUUUCACAAGAUGCUCAACAAGGACAGCCAGGACAUCAAACUCUCGUACCUCCUCUUAUCCCCUACCCAUGCCUUCUCGUCAAUCACAUCCAGCGCCCGAGCAGUUAUCCUUGCUGGUGGCACCAUGUCGCCGUUCGAAGAUUAUACGUCGCACCUUUUUCCAGAUCUUGAUACCAAAAAGGUCACCACUCUCAGCUGCGGCCACGUUAUUCCAGCGUCAAACCUCUGUGUCUGGACAUUGGCGGCUCCCAAGCCCAAAGACGAAGGCAGUGGCAUUGACUUCGAGUUCAGUUUCCAGAAACGGAGCGACAAGGCAAUGAUACGUGAACUGGGGAUCGCAAUUCUCAAUGCCUGCACAGCGGUCCCAGACGGUGUUGUCGUAUUCUUCCCCAGCUACGGAUACCUGGACGAGGUUGUGGCGGCAUGGAGCGAGAAGAGUGCCUCCCAACCCAAAUCGAUCUGGGAACGCCUUGAAGCCAAGAAGUCUGUUUUCAGAGAGUCGAAGGGUGGAUCCAGUGACGAGGUCUUGGAACAAUACAGUAAGGCCAUCCUAGGCGACGAAAAGGAGGCGGCAAAGAAAACCGGCCCAUCAUCCAGUCAGACUCGGGGUGCUUUGCUUCUCAGCGUUGUGGGCGGGAAGAUGAGCGAAGGCAUCAAUUUCUCGGACCGCCUGGGCCGGUGUGUCAUCAUCGUCGGGCUUCCGUAUCCAAACAUCACCUCGCCGGACUGGAAAGCGCGCAUAGAAUACAUCGAGUCGACGGCGCUCAAGAGAUUGACGGAGGGCGAUGUGAAGAUGCCCAGGCACGAGGCAUUAGCAGCUGCAAAGCAGGCAGCUCGUGACUUCUACGAGAAUGCGUGCAUGCGUGCCGUCAACCAGAGCAUUGGCAGAGCAAUCCGGCAUAUGAACGACUACGCGGCAAUCAUCUUGAUCGACAGGAGGUUUGGUACCGAGAAGAUCCGGGCCAAGUUGCCAGCCUGGAUCCGGGGAGGCCUCGUGGAAGGCAGCGAGAGUGGGGGUCUCGGGCAGAUGAUGGGUAGACUGAGCAGCUUUUUCCGGAGCAAGCAGUCAUAA